AUAAGACUACCAAACACCCAGCACCUUUAUAGCAGUGGCAUACCUUAGGCAUUCCCAGCAGGGUGACUCUCCUACAUUGUGCUGACAGCUGACCUGUGUUGUGGGGAAGUCAGGAGAGUUUCCAGCCUGUCUGCAGUUACUCUCACUUAUCAAACACAACAGUGAAAUAAAGAGCUUUUUCUCCAAUCUAAUCCUGCUGGACUUCGAGCACUGACUGUGGGCGUUUCGUUACAAUGUGGGGCAUUUGCUGCAGAACUAUGGUGGGGAGGGCGAAACCAUGCGGCCUCAUGAAGCUCCGUCACCUGGUGAAGCCGGUGUCUUUGACUCGAGUCUCCGGCAGAUACCUGACGCACCAGAAGGGCCUGCCCACGCUGCCGGUGCCCCCCCUGCAGCAGACCUGCGAGCGCUACAUCUCUGCUCUGGAGCCCAUCAUGGAGCUGGAUGAGCUGAAGCACACCAAAGAACUGGUGGACGAGUUCCAGAAAGCAGGAGGGCUGGGAGAGAGACUUCAGAAAAGUCUGGAAAAGAGAGCACAGAACACCGAGAACUGGUUGUCACAAUGGUGGGUGCAGAUUGCUUAUCUGGACUACCGGUUGCCCGUGGUGGUGCAUUCAAGUCCCGGGUUGGUCUUGCCCCGCAUGAACUUCAGAGAUAAACAGGGACAAAUAAGGUUUGCUGCCAAACUGAUAGCAGGUGUUUUGGACUUUAAGACAAUGAUUGACAAUGAGACCCUGCCAGUUGAAUUUAUGGGAGCGAAGCCCCUGUGUAUGAAUCAGUACUACAAAGUGCUGUCGUCCUGCCGUAUCCCCGGCCUGAAGAGCGACUCGGUGGUGAACCAUGCUAAAAGCUCGAGACCCCCGACACACAUAACUGUAGUUCACAACCAUCAGUUCUUUGUGUUGGAGGUGUACAACAGUGAUGGCACUCCACUGACAGCGGAUCAGUUCUGUGUUCAGCUGGACAGGAUUUGCAGUUCCUCCUCUCAAACAAACAUGGAGCCCGUGGGCAUCCUCACCACCCAGCACCGAGACUCCUGGGGCAAGGCUUACGUCAACCUCAACAAGGAUAAGACCAACAAAAAGUCGGUGUGGGCCAUCCAGAGGAGCAUCUUCACUCUGUGUUUGGACGGAGCCAUGCCUCAGGUUUCUGAUGAGACGUACCGCAGCUCUGCCGCCGUCCAGAUGCUGCACGGAGGAGGCAGUCAGUGGAACAGUGGCAACCGCUGGUUCGACAAGACGCUCCAGUUUAUUAUUGGAGAAGACGGGACAUGUGGUGCGAACUAUGAGCACGCCCCAGCUGAGGGCCCGCCUAUAGUGGCCCUGAUCGACCAUGUUGUGGAAUACACGAGGAAGCCAGACAUGGUGCGGACUCCCAUGGUGCCUUUGCCCAUGCCCCAAAAACUGCACUUCAACAUCACACCUGAGAUCAAGAAGGACAUCGAGGAGGCCAAGCACGCCAUGGACAUACUGGCCCAGGAGCUGGACACCAAGGUCAUCGUAUUUGGCCACUUUGGUAAAAAUAUCCCAAAGACCCACAAGAUGAGCCCCGAUGCUUUCAUACAGGUGGCGCUUCAGCUGGCUUACUACAGGAUGAACCAGCGCUGCUGUGCCACGUAUGAAAGCGCCUCCCUGCGUAUGUUCAGAUUCGGCCGCACAGACACAAUCAGAUCUGCUUCGAGCGCCUCCGCUGCCUUCGCCAAGGCCUUUGAUGACCUCAGCAAACAGAACACAGAGAAGGUGGAUCUAAUGGAGAAAGCUGUUCAUGCUCACAGGGCGUAUACUAACAUGGCGAUCAGCGGCCAGGCCAUCGACAGACACCUGCUGGGCCUUAAGAUGAUCGCUCUGGAGGAGAAAGUCUCCGUCCCUGAAAUCUACACGGACCCCGCCUACUCCAAAGCCUCAGAGUACAAACUCUCUACAAGUCAGGUACCGUCAAAGACCGACUGUGUGAUGUGCUUCGGCCCGGUUUCACCCAGCGGAUACGGCGUGUGCUACAACCCCAUGGACGAUCACAUCAACUUCGCAGUGUCGUCUUUCAACAGCUGUUCAGAAACUAACGCAGCACAUCUGGCCCGGGCUGUGGAGGCAGCUCUGCAGGACAUGAGGAAACUGCUGGAGCAAACGCCCAGAGCCAAACUGUGAAACUGGACUUUAAUAACCCCUGUGAAGUGAAAUGGAUCAGUGGCGCUGAUGAGCCUCUUUGAUAGGAAGAGCACUCUGUGUGUGAUUGAGUGAUUGACUGAACCCCUCGCAGGACGUCCAAGAUACAGUAUUCUCCUGAUUUGAUUGAUUAUGCACUUUAAAUAAUGUGUGAUUACUGCUUUGUAAUGACUGGCAGGUAGGUGCUGUUCCUCUGCUGGUACAAUGCACAAUAAUCAUAAUGAUGGACAAUCGUUUUACAGCCCGUUCUGUUUCAAAGUGUAACACUGAUUAAUACAAAUGAAUGGAUUUUCUUUAAAUCCUUUUUAAUAUCAACAAAAACCUGAUGAGAUGAGACUCAGUUAUUAAUUAUUUUUACAUGAAUAGCCUGACACACUCUGGUUUGUGCCUCUGUGCCUUAAAUGUACACUGUUUGAUAACUCAGGGGACAUGUCUGCUGGAGUUUACUCGAACAUAACUUUGCUAAGUCUUAUAUUUACAGUCCAAGGAUUUUUAUAAAGUUAAUAACAUCUUCAUGGCUUUCUAAGAUCACAUAAGAUCACAUAACGAAUGGUGUUGUCAUCACCCAAUCAUCACUCAUCAAGUGUUGUGUUGUCAUAAACAUGUCUUUAUUGAGCAUUGAUACUCAGAACAUGCAGUGUAUUAAUCCAUGUUUUUAUUUAAUGAUUGUAUUCAUCUGUGCCCUCUGAUUUCCACAUGCAUAUUUACAUGUUCUACCAUACGACAGCCAGUGGUGUAUUCUGCAUAAUGUCUUCCACCGUGUCUUUUUUUCAUACAAGGACUGACACAAUUCAGAAUUUAAUCAGAAAACAGGCUCUUAAUUUAAUUUAAACAACUUUGAAGUGCCAUGUUUAUACUGAUGUAAGAUUAUUUUGUGAUGCGCCAGUUAUCUGUGUGUAGACUUCAAUAAGAACUCUAUCUAUGGGAGGGGUGUGUCUUCAUUUAAUAGACUAUGUUGGCCAGUCAGCAUUUCAUUAUGUGUUUUUGUGAUAUUCUGCAUACAGUAGUAAUGGAAGAGAUGAAAUUAUUCUGUGCAGAAGUUAUGCUAAUCAUAUUGGGAGGACAGUCUAGCAGGAAACAUGCAUAAUAACAUGAAGCAUUGUGUUUGAUGGACUUGUUCAACACUUCCUCGCAAAUGAAAUACAUUGUUUUCAAAACA